AUGAGGAAUGCCAAGAGGGGCAACAUCUACCGACACCUUUCACGUAGCGAGAAUCUGAACGAGUUCAUAAUUGUGCAGUGGGGGAGAGCUACUACCAGACUUUGGAUAGCGUCAGAGGGUCCUCCACAAGAAACGCCUAGACGUCCACAACCUCCUUACCGGCUGACUAUAGAGGUUUACGUUGAUGCGAAGCCGAACGACGACCAAAUCGACGCACACACGAGCCAAUCAGACUCUGACUUCAGUCGUGCUAAUAGCACCUUCGGUCAGAUCGCUCGUUGGUGA